UUUCUCCCAAUUCCUGAAGUUAUACGCCAUAUCUAUUUCAGGCUGCAGAUCCGGGAACCGGAGAAUUCGCCAUUGGGAGAAGUAAGCUUUUUCUUCAACAGUUUUAUUGUUUCCACGCUCAUGACGGUGUUCUGCUUCAAAUAUCCAGAUUUGAUAGACAUUUGAAAAUAAGGGUUCGGAGGUUAGGUUUUUACGGAGUUUCUGGACCUCGACGUCUCUAAAAUACUCUGAUGGGAAGAUUUAAGCCAGGCGGUCAGCGUUCAUGUUUGGUUUCUCACAGCUUGUGGUGUGAUUGUGGGGUUCCGAGGGGAAGAAGAGAUCAGCCAUGCCGUCCUCCUUGGCCGAUCCUUGCGACUCAAUACUACUUGAAUGACAACUGGAGCCCAAUUUUACCUGUAGAGUUCGUCAAAAAGGUUAGAGGGAGAAAUUUGAGGAGACUAGAACCUAAGGAGGAGGAUGAUGGUGAGCUCACUGAGCUGGAGGACACAAAGGAUGAAGAAGGCAAUGACACUGAGGCUCCGUUUUCAGAAUUUGCUGGUAAAAAGAAAAAAAAGGCUAAGAAAGAUGGAAGCAAUAAUGCAUUGAGUGCUUCAAGUUUUGGUUUACUUGGAGAAGGAGAUGACGAGGAUAAUGAAGAUUCAGGAAUAACAAAGAGAAUAUUGAUUAUGAAAAAUCAGGAUGCUGAAGUAGCAGGUUUUGCACCUUGUGAGAAGCAAAUUACUGAGCUUCUUAAAGUUGGAAAGGAUGAGAGAGCACCGAAAGCGGGGAAGAGGAAGUUGGGCACCCACAAGAGAGCAAAGAAGCGUGAAAAGAUGGCAUUUGUUCUCCGGAAUAUGAGGGCUGCUGGAGGUGGAGAAAAGACGUAAACUGCUACACUUGGAUUUCUUAGGAGAGUUUCGCCGUUUACGAAAAUCGGAGAAAAGAUUUGAGUUGUUUAGCCCCUUUAUUUAGUUAAACUGGAGAUUGUAGUUUUGAUUUGACCGUUUGGAGAAGGUUGUUGAUGAGACUAGUUUUUUGUUGAAGGUUUUGCCAACGGUAUUUUUUUACUUGA